GCAGUAAGAGUCGACGAAGUUGGGCUGGUCGAUGACCACCGUCCACCCGGUUUCUGUGCCUCGAUCCCCUUCUGAAUCGUCCGACGCUGCAUGGCCCUGCUUCUGCCACGUGGCGACACUUCCACUGCUGCAAGAAUCCAGGGGAGUUUGGUCAUGUUCGCCGCUCGCUAGCUCCAGCAGCAGAUAAGCAAGAAGGAAGCAGCGAAAGGGGGCAGCUGUGGUGGAACAGAGCCAUGGUUGACUGCCUUUGCUACUCCGCAAGGGCCCGCCCGGCAUUCCAUUCGUCCUUGUUCGACUCUGUAAAUAGUUUAUACCCACAAAAAUUCAGAGGCAGAAGGGAUCGAAUCGGUAGAAUUUGUGCCAUUUUCUGGAGACCCAAGAACAGCGUGCAAGUCCAGGAAUUGGAUUUCUCUCUCGGAACCUUUACGAUUAAUCGGACACCUCAGGAUGGAGCCUCGGUCAAUGGGGUAGAGGAACCUUGCACUGUUUCAUUCUCGAUUUGUCCGUCGAUCUCGGAGAUCGACGCUGCAGAAUGGGAUGUCUGUGCAAUGGAUGCGACGGGCCACGACAAAUUUAACCCAUUCCUUUCUCAUGGAUUCCUUUCGAGCUUAGAGGAGACUGGUUGUGCUGUGAAGGAAACUGGAUGGAUGCCGCAGCACAUAGUUGCAAGAGAUCAACAUCAGAAUAUCCUAGGUGUUGCUCCAGUCUACCUUAAAAGCCACUCAUAUGGGGAGUUUGUCUUUGAUCAUUCAUGGGCUGAUGCUUACUACAGAUUUGGCAUUGAUUACUAUCCAAAAUUACAAUGUUGUGUGCCAUUUACACCAGUAACAGGUCAACGAAUAUUAAUUCGAAACACUUGGUGCAAAGACCAAAUCUUUGGAAAAUUUAUUACUACAAUGAAGGCACUGGCUGAUAAGUUGCAGGUUUCAUCAUUGCAUGUGACAUUUCCAUCUGAAAAUGAAUGGCACGGGAUGAAGAAGGAUGGAUUCCUACAACGAAUAGGAAUGCAAUACCAUUGGACAAACCGUAAUUAUAAAAGUUUUGAUGAGUUCCUGAUGGAUAUGAAACAGAGCAAAAGAAAAAACAUACGCCAGGAGCGCAAAAAGAUUUCAGCUCAGAAUUUGAAACUGAAACGGCUUCGUGGUGAUGAAAUCAAGGCUAAGCAUUGGGAUUGCUUCUACAAAUUCUACAGGAACACCACUGAUAACAAGUGGGGAAGAGCUUUUCUUACAAGGGACUUCUUUCACACCAUGGCAUCAAGGAUGGGAGACAAAGUUUUACUGGUUCUUGCUGAAGAUGAGGGUGAACCUGUUGCAGGAGCCCUUAAUCUUAUUGGAGGUGAUACUCUGUUUGGUCGGUUGUGGGGUUGCUUACCGAGUGCAUACUAUCCAAGUUUGCAUUUUGAAGCUUGUUAUUACCAGGCAAUAGAGGCAGCUAUUGAGAUGAAUUUAGCUAAAGUAGAGGCUGGAGCUCAAGGAGAACAUAAGAUUCAAAGGGGCUACCUUCCUGUCACAACGUACAGCUGUCACUAUAUUUUGGAUGAAGAAUUUAGAACAGCAAUUCAAGAGUUUUUAGUACGCGAAACAAAUCAGAUUAAACACGUAAUACAAAUUUUGAAUGAUACUGGACCCUUCAAGGAAGAUUUGCAGUUAUAGCGAAGAACUCACCAGCAUUGCUUACAUAUACAGAAAUAGUGCCACGGAGACAAAUAUUGAUGUCCAUAUUGCAUUAAAAAAAAUUCCCUAUUGUAUAUUUCUAAAGUUAGGGGAGAACGUUUUGAUAUUAACCUUAGAAAACUGUAAUUGGGUAGAAAAAUUAGGAAGAAGUAUACAGACUGUUCUGCCUAGACCAUCAAAGCCUGAACGUUAAAAUCUACAUCAUUCAUGGUAUCAGGAUUAUGUUAGGUAGCAAAUGUAUCGAUUUAUCAUCUUACACUGAUUAUUACUCAAAAAGUUACCAUAUAUACAGAAACGUUGGCAUGAUCUAA